AUGGCCCCAGCUCUGCUUUUCCUGGCUCUUCUCAAUUACUGUUCAGGUGUCCAUUCACAGCCAGCGGUCAUUCAGCCAGACUCCCAAUCUGUGUCGCUGGGCCAGACGACUAAACUCCCCUGCUCCAAAAGUAGUGGGAGCUUGGACAGCUUUUACUGGUAUCAACAGAAGCCCAGAGACGCUCCUCGUUUUGUGCUCUAUGGUGCCGACAAGAGGGGAGAAGGGAUCCCGGACCGGUUCACAGGCUCUUCCUCUGGGAACACUGGCUAUUUAACUAUCUCCAACAUCCAGGCUGAAGAUGAGGCCGUUUAUUUCUGUCUUACCUGUGUGUCACUGUGGUGGAUCUUCGGAGGAGGGACCCACCUGACUGUCACAGGUCAGCCAACAGUACCUCCAACAGUGAACGUCUUCCCACCAUCCCCAGAAGAAUUGAAGAGCUCAGACAAAGCAACCGCAGUGUGUCUCAUGGAUGGCUUUUACCCAGGCACUGUCCAAGUUACCUGGCAGGCUGAUGGUGCCACCAUCUCCUCUGGGGUGGAGACAACCACGCCCACCAAGCUGAAUGACAAGUAUGCGGCCAGCAGCUACCUCAGCAUGAAAAAGUCCGACUGGGAGAGCUAUGAGACAGUCAUCUGCAAAGUGACACAUGAUGGGAAGACCGUUGAGAAGGUGGUGAGGAGAUUGGACUGUGCCUAAAGGCUGGAUGGGUCUGAUGAGUUCCUCGUGCCUCCAGAAGCCGAGAAGAAAGAGUCCUUUCAUGUUCAAGGGGGCCAAGUUUAUUCUCUGAUUUCCUCUAAUGCUACGUUGAUCCAUCAAGUCUGUUUUCUUUCCUAUGUCGUUCCCCUCCCCACACCUCCUCCCUUCCUCUUCUCCCUGGAAUCUCCUUUGUAUGUUGGCUUAUAAUGUUAGCAAAUUAAUAAAAUGUCAUACAUUUCA